AUUGUCCGGCUCGGGCGGCGCCGGGCCUCGGGACGGCAGGAUGUACCCCCAGGGGAGGCACCCGACCCCGCUGCAGCCCGGCCAGCCCUUCAAGUUCUCCAUCCUGGAGAUCUGCGACCGCAUCAAGGAGGAGUUCCAGUUCCUGCAGGCGCAGUACCACAGCCUCAAGCUGGAAUGCGAGAAGCUGGCCAGUGAGAAGACCGAGAUGCAGCGGCAUUAUGUUAUGUACUACGAAAUGUCCUACGGGCUCAACAUCGAGAUGCAUAAGCAGGCAGAGAUUGUGAAGCGGCUCAGUGGCAUCUGUGCCCAGAUCAUCCCCUUCCUGACCCAGGAGCACCAGCAGCAGGUUCUCCAGGCGGUGGAGCGGGCCAAGCAGGUGACGGUGGGGGAGCUGAACAGCCUCAUCGGGCAGCAGCUCCAGCCGCCGUCCCACCACGCCCCCCCUGUGCCCCUCACCCCUCGCCCGGCUGGGCUGGUGGGCAGCAGUGCCACCGGGCUGCUCGCCCUGUCCGGAGCGCUGGCCGCCCAGGCUCAGCUGGCAGCCGCCGCCAAGGAGGAUCGAGCCGGCGCAGAGGCCGAGGGGCCCAGAGUGGAGAGAGCCCCGAGCCGGACGGCGUCCCCCUCGCCCCCCGAGAGUCUGGUGGAGGAGGAGCGACCCAGUGGCCCUGGCGGCAGCGGGAAGCAGAGAACCGAGGAGAAGGACCUGUCGGGACCUUAUGAGAGCGACGAGGACAGGAGUGACUACAACCUGGUGGUGGACGAGGACCAGCCCUCAGAGCCCCCCAGUCCAGCUACCACCCCCUGUGGAAAGGCACCCAUCUGUGUCCCUGCCCGUCGGGAUCUUGUGGACAGUCCGGCCUCCUUGGCCUCUAGUCUUGGCUCACCGCUCCCUAGACCCAAGGAGCUUGUCUUGAACGACCUGCCGGCGGGCACCCCUGCCUCCAAGUCCUGCGACUCCUCCCCACCCCAGGACGCACCCACCCCAGGGCCCAGCUCCGCCAGUCACCUCUGCCCACUGGCCGCCAAGCCCGCGCCGUCCACAGACAGCAUCGCCCUGAGGAGCCCCCUGGCCCUGUCCAGCCCCUUCACCACGUCCUUCAGCCUGGGCUCCCACAGCACCCUCAACGGGGACCUCUCCAUGCCCAGCUCCUACGUCAGCCUCCACCUGUCCCCCCAGGUCAGCAGCUCCGUGGUGUACGGACGCUCCCCCAUGAUGGCAUUUGAGUCCCACCCCCAUCUCCGAGGGUCGUCCAUCUCUUCCUCCCUGCCCAGCAUCCCUGGGGGAAAGCCGGCCUACUCCUUCCACGUGUCUGCGGACGGGCAGAUGCAGCCGGUGCCCUUCCCCUCGGACGCCCUGGUGGGCACGGGCAUCCCGCGGCACGCGCGGCAGCUGCACACGCUGGCGCACGGCGAGGUGGUGUGCGCAGUCACCAUCAGCGGCUCCACGCAGCACGUGUACACGGGCGGCAAGGGCUGCGUGAAGGUGUGGGACGUGGGCCAGCCGGGCGCCAAGACGCCGGUGGCCCAGCUCGACUGCCUGAACCGGGACAACUACAUUCGUUCCUGCAAGCUGCUGCCUGACGGCCGGAGUCUAAUCGUGGGUGGCGAAGCCAGCACUUUGUCCAUUUGGGACCUGGCGGCGCCCACCCCCCGCAUCAAGGCCGAGCUGACCUCCUCCGCCCCGGCCUGCUACGCCCUGGCGGUCAGCCCCGACGCCAAGGUCUGCUUCUCCUGCUGCAGCGACGGCAACAUCGUGGUGUGGGAUCUGCAGAACCAGACCAUGGUCAGGCAGUUCCAGGGCCACACCGAUGGUGCCAGCUGCAUCGACAUCUCUGACUACGGCACUCGGCUGUGGACUGGCGGCCUGGACAACACGGUGCGCUGCUGGGACUUGCGGGAGGGGCGACAGCUGCAGCAGCACGACUUCAGCUCCCAGGCCGCAGGAGGCUGGGGUGGAGCUGGCCCGUGGCUCCUGGUGCCCAGGACCGGCUCGGUGCAGAGCAGUGGGAACGCAUCCUUUCAGAUCUUCUCCCUGGGCCACUGCCCCAACCAGGACUGGCUGGCCGUGGGCAUGGAGAGCAGCGGCGUGGAGGUCCUGCACGUGCGCAAGCCCGAGAAGUACCAGCUGCACCUGCACGAGAGCUGCGUGCUGUCGCUCAAGUUCGCCUCCUGCGGGCGCUGGUUCGUGAGCACCGGGAAGGACAACCUGCUCAACGCCUGGAGGACGCCCUACGGAGCCAGCAUCUUCCAGUCCAAGGAGUCGUCCUCCGUGCUGAGCUGUGACAUCUCCAGGAACAACAAGUACAUCGUGACCGGCUCGGGGGACAAGAAGGCCACCGUGUACGAGGUGGUCUACUGAGGACCUGGGGGCCCCUCCGCUGGCUGCAGGCCACCUUCUUCCCCGCUGGGGACGUGGGGGUGGGCUCCAGGGAAAUAAAGGUUUUCAUCACUCG